AUGGCGCCAGCCGUCGCACUUGUGGGACUUCUAGCCUACCUCCUCGGCUACGCCAUCUACCAACUCUUCUUCAGCCCUCUACGUAAAAUCCCGGGUCCUAAGCUCUGGGCAAUCUCCUACCUCCCUUACUUCCGCCUCUACACGUCUGGGCAAGCCCAUCGCACGAUCUUGAAGCUUCAUCAACAAUAUGGCCCCUUGGUCCGAGUCGGCCCUACACACAUAUCCAUCAACCACCCUGAAGCCCAUGAAAUUGUGAAAGGCCACAACAAGAAGGGCGAGAACCAGAAAGACCCGUCGCAUAACAUGGCAUUCCGAAACAACAUCCUCGGUGCCAACCGUGAAGAUCACCAACGCUUCCGCCGUGUGCUUUCCCACGGAUUCUCCGCGCAGUCAAUGUUGGAUCAGGAGCCCAUCAUCAAGGAAUAUGUCGACAAGCUCUUUGAGAAACUCCAUGAGGCAGCAAAGGGCGGCCCAGGUCCCAUCGAUGUAGUGAAGUGGUUUAACUAUGCGACCUUCGAUAUCAUUGGUGACUUGUCGUUUGGCGAGCCUUUUGGGUGUCUGGAUGGCGGGACGUAUCACCCUUGGGUCGCUCUUAUCUUCCAGAGUGUCAAGAACCUAUCCUUCUUAACUGCCAGCAAGCGGCUGCCAUGGAUUGGCCCAUUGCUUAACCUGACUAUUCCCCGAAAUCUGGUUACGAAGUUAGCCGAGAACAUGACGCUGACAAGAGAAAAAGUGCGGAAGAGGUUGGAUCUCGGGACGCGUCGUCCGGAUUUCAUGGAUGCCAUGAUUAGAAAGUCCGAAACAGCAGGCUCUUCGAUGACCUUUGACGAGCUUGUCUCAAACUCGUUUAUAUUGAUUGGUGCUGGCUCUGAGACGACGGCUACGGCGCUUUCCGCAACGACCUUUUUCUUGGCAACGAAUCCUGAUUGUCUGGAGAAGCUCACCAAUGAGGUCCUGUCAGCAUUCGCAAGCGAGAAUCAGAUUAACAUGCUCAGCGUCCAAAAGCUCACGUACAUGUCGGCUGUGUUAAACGAGAGUAUGCGGUUGUAUCCUCCGGCUCCUGGGGGCCAGCCGCGUAUGGUUAAAGAAGGGGGCAUCGAUGUUCUGGGCGAGUUUAUCCCCGAGGGUACAACUAUCGACAUUUGGCAAUGGGCCAUGUACCACAACCCCGACCAUUGGGCCAGAGUUGAGGAGUUCAUCCCGGAACGAUGGCUGGACGACCCCAGGUUCGUGAACGAUGCUAGGAAAGCAUUUCAACCUUUCUCGAUCGGCGCGCGAAACUGCAUUGGAAAGAAUCUCGCCAACUCAGAGGUACGCCUGGUCUUGGCCAGACUGAUCUGGAACUUUGAGAUCCGACCCACGGAAGACAUCCACAAGUGGUACCAUGAAAGCGAGGUUUACCUACUAUGGGAGAAGGGACCCGUGAAGGUGUACUUGACACCCAGGACAAGAUGA